AUGCUGCGUGCGCGCUACCUAUCCAUAGGGCAUCCAUUUGAGUCCCCAGUGCCCCCAUUUCUCGUCCCUAUUGCCCGUUUCUUGCGAGGAGGCAGUGCGCGCGCUGGUGCAGCUGCAGGAGGCGUGGAGCGUGUGGGCGGGCAACAGCAACGCUACCACGGCGUGCUCUGCGUGGGCUGGCGUCACCUGCAGCCCCAACGGAGCCGUCCUUGCCCUGUGAGUCGCAACGGAGCCGUCCUUGCCCUGGACUCCAAGGCCUUUACCGUGGAUCCUCCUCCCACUGGCACCAUUCCUGCUGCCAUCACUGACCUCGCCACCCUUCAAUACCUGUCCGUCCGCGCUUCCCUCUCCCACUCCCUCUUCCUCUCAUCCCGCCUGCACCAUGUUUUCCUUUUUCCCUGCCCCUCCCCUGUGCCCCUGUUUAUCCUCAUGCCCCUCUUUAUACAACCUGCCUCAUGUCUCAACCUUUGCCACACCAUGUACUUUUCCGCCCUCCUACUCUCCCUCAUUCUGCCUACUUGUUUGCAGCACCCCCCUUACCCCCACUAUCUAAACCGCCCUGACUUCAACCAAAACAGUGCCACCUUUCCUCGUCCCCCCCCUUCUCCCCCCCUGUUUGUCUCCCUGCAGAGACCUGACGUACGGCAUCAACCUGGUGGGCGCCAUGCCAUCCCUCUCAUCUCUCACCCGCCUCACCCACCUCCCCUCAUCGCCGCCCCUCACUGCCCCUCACCGUAG